AUGAAGCUAUCAUUUUUAUUUCCUCUCAUUGCGAUAAGUUUCAUUCCUUUAGCGAAAACACAAUCACAGGUUUGCAAUGGAUAUACGGAAUUCUGUAGCAAAUCUUAUUCCCAAAUAGCGUUUGUCGCAACACAUAACUCAUAUGCAUAUGGAGGUGUUCCCGCGGCAAAUCAAAACUAUGACAUUUCAACACAGUUAAAGGAUGGUGUUAGAGCUUUCCUUCUUGAUGGACACAACUCGACGAAAGGGUCUGAUAUUGAACUUUGUCAUACGAAUUGUAAUCUAUUGGAUACAGGAACUGCUGCAAAUACUUUGAAAAACAUUACAAGUUUUUUACAAAAGAAUCCGAAUGAAGUAAUUACAAUCUUUUGGGAAAAUUAUGAUAAUAUAGAUCCGCUUAGAUACAAGGCUGAGUACGAUAAAGCGAAUUUGACUCAGUAUUGCUUCACACAACCCGUUGGUGGAACAUGGCCUACCAUGUCUAAGAUUAUUCAAUCUGGACAACGGGUUAUUAACUUUAUUGACACAAAUGCUAAUACUAAUACCGUUCCAUGGUUAAUGCCCGAAUAUUCUUACGUAUUUGAAACUCCGUUUGAUAACUCUGAUCCUAAUGCAUGGCGAUGUACUGUUGACCGUCCAAAAGAUCAACCUCAACAAUUAUACCUGGUGAAUCAUUUCCUCUAUAAUGUUAUACAAGGUUUGGGUAGUGCUGUCGAAGUUCCCGAACGUCAAAAUGCUUCGUCAACUAACAGUGAUAAUCUUGCUAAGCAUGUUCAAAACUGUACUAAUGUUUUUGAUGGAAAGAUUCCAAACUUUGUUGCUAUCGAUUUUUACGAUCAGGGUCAAGGCAAUGUAAAUGUGUUUAGCGUUGUUGCUGAUUUGAAUAAAGUAACAUAUACGCCACAGACUUAUGGUAAUGGAACAAGUCCUUCCGGAAGUAAAAAAAGUAGUGCUAGUGAUCUUAAAGUAAAUGGUUUAUUUAGUGCUGUGAUCGCCUUAAUGGGCGUUGCAACUUUCAUUAUUAUUGGAUUGUAA